CACGUCAAAAGCGCGCAUUGUUGAGCGAGAAGCUUAAGGAGGAUUCAUUUUUAGCACAAAUGUUGUGUCGGGGGGGGAGUCAGCCUUGUCUGCAGUAUGUAACAAAACACGCUGAACAUAACAUCCUCGUUCUAAAAUAGCCGAUUUCGCAUUUCGUCAUCAGCUCUAAAUUUGCAGGCAUACGCAUUUUAAGUGACAGCGCGCAACACAACAGGCUGUGUCAUGGAAGUCAGUCUCCGUUUGUCGUCGGGUAAACGCCUCCCAUAGCAUUAUUACGGGAAUAUGCAUAUGACAUAUUCUAGGAGAAAGUACAGCAGGGUGAGUAGUGUCGUUUCUCUCACUGAAAGGAGGUCGCGUGAACGUCUGGCGCGCGUCUGAAAUGACGUUCUCGAGUGCCACGCUCUCCACUGUGGGCGAGGAAGGCAGAGCAGAGCCACAACUCCACUAGGAUUGGACAACGGGCAGUGCAGUGGGGAUUCCUGGGGACUGGUGUCUCUCCUAAAAGAAAACUACGGCUUCAUCACCAAUAAAGCCUAUGGCAGCUUCGGAGAAAACGCUCAUUUACCGGGAAGACACCGAUUCGUAUAAGAACUUGCUUUACAAACGGGACAUGCGCCUGAUAAGCGCACAAGAAGAGUCAAAUUAUGUGGAUCUGAACGACCUGCUGGAACUUAAACUGGAUGAUACCAAAACAGUGAAAGUAACAUUUACUGGAGACUCGAGUCCACUGGAAAUAAUUAAAAGUAUUAGUGGCAUGAGCGAUUCAAAAGGAGAGCAUGAACCUCCCACUGGAAAAAUACGCGAAUCUACUCAAAAUAAAUGCGCACUGGAGGAAUGCGGGGAGAAGUCGAACUCUUUUGAAACAGCAACUUCGGAAACACCUCAAGCUGAUAAGACGGACUGUAUCGAAAAGACGGAGCAAAAGCCUAAAUCACCAAAUUUGGAGACGCAGAGCAUAGGAAACGAUAACAAUGAACAAUACAAUGAAGUUUAUCUGAGCAGCAAAAGUGAAUCGGACGAUGAGGUCACUGUGGUGCUUUCGGAUCACGACACGCGCGAAGACGAGUCCCACUAUAUCACAACCCACGAAAUAGAGCUUUUGGAGUUGGACCAUGAUGUGGAUUACGACUUUGAGACGGGAUCAAGCUGGGAACUCGAGGACGAUCUCCAGGUCUACUCGUUUGUCGAUUAUGCCUCUUUUGACAGUGAUGAAACGAUGGGGGCAAAAGAAGCGUGUGUGAAAAGCAAUCAGGCUAAUACGAGCGGAGCAGUGGUCAGCAGUGAGCCUGAAAGCAAUCUCUGUGACGCGGACAAAUGUGCCAGCUCAGAUGAGGGCCUGUCAAAAAAGCAAAAUACGACAGGGCAGAUUCACCUAUCAAUCAAAGCCACUUCCCGCGCUGUAAAUGAGCUACGCAACAUCCAAGAUCACGAAAAAGACAAAAGUCGCUAUGUUUUGAGAGGAGUGGAUGCAAAGGGCGACAAAGCGUGUGAUAACGCAAAGUGUUUCAUUGCUGUGCCAGGGCGCUUGCACUUUGGCAGCAAAUUGAAAAGCAAAGAUGUGAACGAGUAUUCCAGCGGUGCGUCCAGCGCGGUGAGCGAGCUGGAUGACGCCGAUAAGGAAGUGCGCAAUCUCACUGCCAGGGCGUUCAAAAGUUUGGCGUAUCCAUAUUUCAAUGCCAUCAACUUUAGCACCUCAAGUGAGUCUUCUGCUUCAGAGCAUGGGCUAGGAAUAAACAGCUGGUCGACGUUUGUUGACCUAAAGUAUGGCAAGGGGCGAGAUCAAAACUUGGUCCCGCAUAAGGGCUCCACACCCAAAUUCCAUUUCGCCAAAAAGAGAGACGGUAAGGGGAUAACAGGCUUGACGCUGACCAGCAUGCGAGCGCCCCCCGUCGAGAUAUUUGCUCUGAACGGCAAUUUAGUCGGCCACAAAAACGCAUCGUCCACCACUAAAAAGAUUGAGCUCAUGGGGAAGUUCUCACAGGGGCAAAGUGGCCUCAUAAGACUGACCGAAACGCUCAAUUUUCGAUGCAAUGUCAAAUCCGGCCAGUCUGUAAACGAAAGCGCUGGAGGAUCACGUUCCACAGAUGAAGUUACACACACCUUGCCAAGCGCCCAAGGGAGCGAGGCAAGCAAGCGAUCCUGCAAUGCAGGUGAAACCAUGGAAGACACACACAAGAAAUCCGUAUUCGCUUCGAGUCUCCUCAAAAAUGUAAUUUCUAAGAAAAUGCAGUUCGAGCAAGAGCGCAAAAUGGAGAGGGGCGAGAUAUGCGAGGCGCACCACGCACCCUCUCCGUGCUUCGCGAUGCACGAGCACGAGAAAGCGGCCAAGAAAAAUUCCAAAGGGCUGCAAAGGCAAAGCUCGAAAUUCUCAGAAGCCGAUUCCGACUUCACGAUCGUCAGCGUGGACGAUCUGGGCGACAUAGUAGACGGCAAUUCAAGCGAUGCCAAAGACGACGGGCGCAAUGAGGAGACUUUGACGAGUGCAUCAGAAACCAAUUUAGAGUCGGCGAAUGAUACUAAAAAAGGAGCAUUCGAAGCAUCCAAAAGCACGCUGCUUCGAAGCCAAAAUAGCGCGUUCAGAUCGUGGAGGGACGGCGAGCUAGAGUUUCAAAAGGAACAUAAAAACGUCAAAACUCUUGAGGGGAAACCGCUACGCGAGUGUCCGGGGGAAACCAACUUCUGCGUCGAUUCGGCGAGCGGCAAGCCCACUAAAAUGUCACAUUUAUUUGUGCCAAGCAUACAGCUUCCGUCCUCGGAGAGGGACCUUAGGAAACCACCGCCGAAAGUGAGUUAUUCCACGCGCAAUCGAGGAGAAAGCGGAGCUUUAAAGUGGCGCUCGAACACACUUUAUGUGACAGACGCGACGCGCAGCGCUGUGACAUCGAAGUCGCCCGAAAUCAAAAUAAGUCUGCGGAGUGUACGGGACAACAAAAGCGACCCGUUCAAUAUCGCCAAGCUGCUGACUCCCAAUUUGGGCUGUAAGACAGCUGAGGACACCAGAUGCCAAGCGCUCGCCACGGCUUUCAAGGGUGAGUCCUCUGACAAAGUGCCUCACUUUAUAGUCAGAGACAUUAGAGAGAACAAGGGCAAACUACAGACCCCCAUUCACCAGGUUAGAGACGUGCGUAAAUUGGUUAAGAGCUCGUAUCACUUUGUGUCUUUAGACAACAACGACAACAAAUCUAGCUACUCGACUUCUGAUGGAGAGCAGAAGGCAUUAAAGCAGAGUCCUUAUCUGAACUCAGCCUCUCUUUCACCCAUAGUGAUUAAAUGCCAGUCUGUGAAUACAAAUAGCAAUGUAAAGCAAUCCGGAGAUUUAAUAGACCCCCCCAAGAGACGAUUUCCAGAGGAUAUAGUUGAGGCUGACAGGUCCUCUCCUCACGUUGCUGUAGCCAACAGGCUGCCGAAACAAGAGGUCCCAACCGGAUUAAAGAUUGAGACGAGCACAAGAAAGCAAGAUAAAACAAGCGACGCCAGCGAGAAAAAAACCGAACCCAAGAUGGCCAACCAAGCCGCUUUGGAAAAAUUGCAAGCUGCAGUCAAAACAAUGGAGCAACUGUAUGUUUUUGACAAGAAUGAGUGGAAGAGAAAAAAAGAACCUCGGCCGAUAACAGACAGCCACGUGCUCUCGCUCAUCUCCGGCGAGAAACACACUGUAGAGGAACUGGAAAGCUAUUCCCCUGCGGUUAGUUUGCAAAGGCGAGAUUCAAACUCAAACCUAAUCGAGACGCCCCCUAAAAAAGACGACAAGUCAUCAUCGGCCACUCAAGAGCGAAACGGCCCUAAAGCGCUCACAGGAACGCCAUGUAAGGAUAUAACAAAGAAGCCUGUAACCUCAAAGACGCCACAAACACACGUUGCAUCACCGGCAUCUUUGAGCUUCAAGGCCUUGACACCCAAAUCUCCAAAACUACCCAUUUCCUUGAAGAUAUCUCAUCCGAAGCGCGUGCUAGAAGAGCGGGAGAGGUCGAACGGAAGUGAGACUGAGUUCGCCCCUCUGCAGUUCACUUCCACAGCAGAUUCGGAGAGCUACCUGACCAUACCCGUGAAGCCUCACGCCACGUCCGCAGCCGGGCUGGGCAAAUCCGCUGUUUAUGCAAUCCCACCCGGAGGAGGUAAAACCCAAACGGCCAGUCCGCCGUCUUACCUGGCUCACAGUGACAUCAGAAGCCAUCCGUCACCAAAACGUUCAUCGUUUGUCAUGGAGACACGGUCCUCGGAUACCCCUACCGCCACUAUUUACCACACACCCAUGCCUGUCACGAUGCAAGCUGCUCAGCCUCAACUCAUUUGCUUCUCUCCUUCAGUUCAACCCUCCCCCGUCCCGACAGAUCACUUCCACACGACCCAAAGAAAGAUGCUGCUGGAUCCCACCACUGGAAGCUACUACUUGGUGGACACUCCGGUGCAACCGGCCACCAGGCGUCUGUUUGACCCGGAAACCGGGCAGUAUGUGGACGUCUCCAUGCCACAGCAGCCCCCCAUGACCCCCGUCCCACUUCCGAUAUCCCCUCUCGCCCUCGGCCCGGGAGCUUAUGGCCAUACCUACAUGUUUUACCCGGGAUACAUGCCAACCACGAUGAUCCCCGCACGCACUAUUCAGUCCCAGCUCUCCAUGCAGUCCGAAGCAGAUGAUGGGGAUAAAUCCCAUCCGGACAUGGGACAGCAGGAGGAACGAGCUUACAUGGAGAGCCCUUACUAUAUGCCAUUGGGGAAGUCGUCACAAACAGUCCAUGUGGCUCAACAUGUUCCCACCACCAGCAAGCAGCCCGUCAUCAGCAUCACCUCCCAGCAAGGGCCGAGGAUCAUCGCUCCCCCCUCCUUCGACGGCACCACCAUGAGCUUCGUGGUGGAGCAUCGGUAAAGUCCCGCUCACCUGCAGC